UUCUCUGCGCCUGAAUUUAGUAACGUUACAUGGAUAGAACAGACGCUCCCUAAAGUCUUUUGCUCAGAUCUGAUCUUCCAUCCUUUCCCUUACCCUCCUGUUAAGCAGGUUCCCAAAAGAUCUUGAGUCCUACUGCAUUUCAGUGCAUACACAUCCUGUGUGACGUCACGGAGAUUGCCGAAGUGACGGCUCAAUGUCGCCGAAGUGUGAGCCGAUGUAGAUGCGGGCAUCCGGUGUGACGUCACGGCAGCGGAUGCAAGUGCUUCAGGCAGUGACUUCGACGAGGCCAGAGCGCCUACGGCUGUGUUACAGACGACAUGAAAAACACGCAUGUUACAGCAAUACUUCUACUUAUCUUCAUACACAAUGUGUCCAACAGUGAGCAGAACUCAACGGUCAUUGUGUGGGAUGGAAACUCCGAUCUGCAAACAGAUGCGACAGAUAUCGCGGAUGCCACAAGCCUCGGCGACGAAGGAUCAGGGGAGAUAACCCAAAGUAUGACCCCACUUUGGGAUCAGUCUACAACGUUAGGGGACACCUCAACUCAGCAGAAUGUUCUACCGGGUGGUGCGGUGUCGAAGAUGUCGACAAGGAACGAUAGUGCGACCACAUUUUCUGCCCCAAGUCAAAUGUCUUCUUCGACCAGGUCAUCUCCAACAAGCGCUAGUACAGGGGAGACAACUACACACGGCCUCAUUCAGAAGUCAACUGUUUCUUUUGAUGAACCAAUGACAUCAGAAGGGGUGACUUAUUCUAAUGAUAGGAGCUCGUCAAUGACUACCACUAGAUAUGUUCCAUCUCCAAAGUCUGAUGCAACCCAUAGUACUUCGGCUGUAGUGUCGGUUGAGGAUUCACCUGCGACAAACAGGGCUUCAGAGCUGCCGACAGAACCCCCAACUACAGACGCCCCUGUGACUUCAUCGUCACUUCCAUUCCCGCCUACAUCAACGUCGAUGCCAACAUCUACAGCACCUACCUUCGAUCAGAGUGUACCUUCGUCUACACCAGGUGAAGUUAUCACCCAACCACAAACUACUCCCUCUUCAACCACCUCGUCUACAUCAACAACUACAACUACUACAACCACUACAACAACGACGACGACCACGCCUACCACCAUUCCUACGACAAGCCUACCACCGACAACGACAACAACUACAACGACGACGACGACGACGACGACGCCGACAACAACUCCACCUUCACUUGGCUCUUAUUGCAGUAAAGACAGUUGCAACCAUAUAGAACAUGCUCAGUGCAACAAUACGUGCCAGUGUAAUGCUGACUUCUAUAGCUCGGACCUCUCAUGCGUCUCUAAAUCGGGGGUGACACCAACCAACAUCAACGCCACAUUCAUCAACUACACAACUGCCGAGGUGGUGUGGUCGAUUGCACGUCCCCGCGACGUGAAGAACGUCACCGUGACCUGUCCUCGAUGUUAUGGACGUAUAGACGUUAAUGCCAGCGCUAAUACCGCCAUAUUGGCCUCUCUCCGCCUGGGAACCGACUUUGACAUCACUGUGACUGUGAGGACACAGGAUGGAAGGACCUUCACCUCGGAUACAAUCAAAUACACCACACGCCCUGGCCUUGUGAGAGGUGUAAUGGUUUCAAGCGGAAACAACGAGAUAACUGUCAGGUGGACGCGAUUACAAGUUACAACAGACGUAACAUACGUCGUGACCAUCAACGGGAUUCAAAAUAGCACAGCAGGGACUAAAAUCUAUCAAAGAGCAAAAUAUGACACCUGUUACAAUGUGACCGUUCAAGCCAGAAACGGUGCCGGACUGGGUCCAGUUUCACCUUUGUCCCAGCUUGCCACGGACGCUGGAGUACCCGGUGGUGUGCAAGGCCUGGCAGUUAGUAACGUGAAGUCGCGGACGAUGACGGUGUCGUGGACGAGACCGUCUGACGUCAAUGGAACAGUCAUUGCGUACAGGGUGAACGUGAGGCACAAGACGACCGGGAAUGCCGCUACUAAGAACCUCACCUGUACAGAUUGUGGGUCACCCUGCUCCGGACAAACACAGCGGGCUAAACACACGCCUUUGGAAUUCAUGGCAUCACAGAAAAGGUUCAACGCUACCUUUUCUGACUUGAAUCCGUUCACUAACUACGUUCUCAGUGUCGAGGCCGUUACGAGGAAUCACACAGGACACGCCGUCUUCACCAACUUCACAACACUGGAAGGAAGGCCUCGGCAGCCCAACAACGUUUCCGUACUAGCCGACACAACAUCUGCUACCAUCAAGUGGUCAAUAUCAGGUCGUCCUCGUGGUAACACGAACUAUGCAGUCAUCACGCGGGACCUUGAUAACCAUACAGAAUGGGAGACACGGUGUGACAAUCGAUCUUGCCAUGUGCUUGGUCUGACGCCAUACUGGAAUUACUCACUGGCAGUGAGAGCGAGCAAUACGAAGGGUAGAAAACUUUCCGACAACGUCACCUUCACAACACAGGAAGACGUUCCUGGACCCGUGACGGGGAUAAAUGUGACGGGCCCCAACGAUGUCGUCGCUUUGAGAUCUUUGACCAUCACGUGGAGACCCCCGCUCCCGAGGGAGAGACACGGCAUUAUCCAGGGAUACACCGUUUACGUACAGUGCCAGAAGGUACGUACAAAAUUUUCCACGUUGACGAUGUAUGAAACAUCCCUGAAGUUAACGAGAGAUGUGCAGCCGGAGUGUCGCUACAACAUCACGGUGUUCGCAUCCACAAGUAAGGGGAACGGAAGCCGUGUGACCAGACAGUUCAUGACAACACCAGGAGCUCCGCCAGAAAUUGGAAAAAUGGUUAUGAAAUCCAACAGCCGCGUCAGCGACCCCAAGCGUGAGAUGGCCAUCAGUGUACCACGUGACGUGUGUAACAACUCCUAUGGGAGGGUGCGAGUGUGGGGCGUGGUUGUUCUCAGAAACAGGGACCAGUAUCAAGGAAAAUACCGUGGACAUCGAGAUGGCUUCUUCCGCCGCUACCCGUUCCAGAUCGCCAUCAACAAGUCCGAGGAACGAUGUGAACACUGGCGGGAUAACGCGCCAGACAUAAUUAUCGGAGAUGGCAGUUGCGAAAACGGCAUCUGCAACAACCGUCUGAAGCCGGCCAGCAAGUACAGGUUUGUUGUGUUCGCCUGUACGAGCACCGGCUGCAGCGAGACUCUCCCCUCCGUGUAUCUACAGACAGCAAGCGAAGAGGAAUCCAACACAUUCAUAGUGGCAAUCGUUGCUGGCAUCGUGCUCAUAGUCCUGUCGUCGCUGUUAGUCGCCGUACUCUACAAGCUGUGGCGGAAGAGGACCGCUGUACGCCCCAGUGUCCAUUUCGACCCCGCGACUAUCGAACUAGGAGCCAAGAAGGCCAGCGUGGUGUCCCAGGCCCAGAAGUCCCGACCUGUGAAGCUGCAGAAUUUCUCGGACCACGUGGAACAGUUACACAGAGACUCCAAUCUUGGCUUUGCAGAGGAAUUUAAGAUGGUGGCUCAGGUGUGUGGUCGACAUCCCACGAAGUCAGCAGAACAACAGGCGUGUCGCACCAAGAACAGAUACACCAACGUGCUGCCAUAUGACCACUCCAGGGUGAAGCUGUUGUCCCAGGACGACGAGGAGGGUUCCGACUACAUCAACGCCAACUUCAUCACGGGCUAUAACUGUAAGCGGGAGUAUAUCGCCGCCCAGGGCCCGCUGCCCAGCACGAAGGACGACUUCUGGCGACUCAUCUGGGAGCAGAGGGUCAGUAUGGUCGUCAUGCUGACCCAGUGCAAGGAGAAGGGCAGGAUCAAGUGUGAGAAGUACUGGCCAGACAACUCUGAACCUGUGUACUUCGGGGACCUGAUCGUGCAUCUCCGCUCCGAGUCCGUUCUGCCGGACUACGUCAUCCGUAUACUUGACGUCAGACAGGGUAACAAAAAGCGUGUACUACGUCAUUUCCACUUCCUGAAGUGGCCAGACUUUGGCUGUCCCGAAAGAACAUGCCUCCUUCUGAACUUUGUGUCAGCGGUGCGCGCGCACAUGCCCCACAAUCAGGAGGGGCCAACACUUGUACAUUGCAGUGCAGGUGUAGGACGAACUGGGACGUUUAUUUCCGUGGACGUCUUGCUACAACAAAUCCGCGACUACAGCGAAUUGGACAUCUUUGGCCUGGUGCUGCAGAUGAGGGAUAACCGACCACACAUGGUUCAGACAGAGAGUCAAUACAUCUACAUCCACGACUGCAUCAGGGACGCUCUUCAGGAAGAGACUGAUGAUGAAUGUGAGAUGGAGGAAGAAGAAGAAGAGGAGGAGGAAGACGAACACAUCUACCAGAACGCCUAAAGAGCAACCCCACAUGACUGACCAACUGUACAGCACAUUCAGGGAAAGAGAAUAUUCAAGGCUGGCCCUAUUGCUGGAGAUACCGUGUAAAUAUAUACAGAGCGUUCUGUGAACACAACACGCAGGAACACCAACGUCGUCGACCCCAACUGUACAACAUUCAGUACCUGAAAAACACACACGGUUAAACAUCUAUAACUGACUCAAGUGAACACGUUGACGGACGUCCCUGCUGCAGGGGAUAGUGACAGCAGCAGUAUGUGCAAUGGAUGUGUAAAGUAACAACCAGAAACAGGGAUGUUAUACAGAACCAGGGUUCGACUGUUGUUGUGUAUGGAGUAUUGCGUUCCUUGGAAGACUAAGGAUGUGACUCGGGAAUCCCAACAUCAGAUAACAAACAGUGUUGUUAAACUUUACACUCUGGUUACUGUGACUCAGUGUACUGAGCGGACAUCCGAUAUGCACGACUCUUUCAGGAUGCAGUGUAGCCUUGUGUUAGUCAUACGACUAACACUUUAAUCCAAGCUACUUGUGUCCAAGCUAUUAUGUAAAUGCAUAUGACAAGCUCGCCCUGCUGGAUAUACGUACAAACACCGUUGUAUCGAACGUUGAUGUGUCGAAUAGCGUUUGUCUCGAAAAAUAGGAUUGUACCUCUGCAUUCUUUCCUUAUUAGUUGUCCGCUGUGUCGAACUUCGGAUAACUCGAAGUAUUUACGUAGGUCCCAUCGACUUCGACACAACGGUGUUUCACUGUCGAUCCAAGAUGACCAUUUACUCAAGUAUUUUUCGUGCAGUACAAGGAAAAAUGUAACUGCUGUUUUCACGUCAACGAUUUGAAUCAAACGUUGUUACGGUGUUGCCUCCCCUAGUUCGAGGUUGACAUUGUAUUUUUUUUAGUUUACAUGAGUCCGAAAAGGCAAAAUGAAAUUGAAUUCCAAGGAGAUGGUUAGAUAUGAAAGACGUGCACAUCCAAGGAGAUGGUUAGAUAUAAAAGACGUGCACAGACAUAUGUUUUUAUCAGUUGAUAUAUAUAUUUUUUUUUGUGCUCACAUAUCGCUUUACAGUUAAUUGACAACCUUUCCUUUCCCCUUGAUAUUUUGUUUGUAUAUAUUGGCAAAUUGAUACAGAAACAGAUCUAGUAUAUAAUGGUGAUGGAAUUAUCGGAGCAAACCAUAAGUCUUCUAGUAGAUCGUCAAAACAUAAAUAUAGAAUAUUAAAACCGGUAAUAUGUGAUUGCACUGCAAUCUUCCAAAGCUGUGAGAUCGUUCACGUCACACUAACAAACCCGUGAUGAAAUAUUAACUUAUUACGUCUGUAUUAUCAUAUUUCAUGUUUUAGAAUUUAUUCUAUAUGUAUAUUUCAAGCGUUAUUUGUUUGUUUACCUUUCGUUUAUAUAUAUGUAUACUCAGAUGUGUUUAUACGUAACAUGUUGCAAUGAAACCAGUGUUUUGACCAAUCACUUUCUUUGGUCAAGUGAUAUUUGACGUCAAUGUCGCAUAGAUGCAUUCCACAAUACAUUCCUAAAAUGUCAUUCCACCGUUUGGAAUCCAUAUCCAGAUGUAAUCAAUGUAUAUUAUAAAAUAUAUUUGCAUAUAAAUAUUUUCUCAGAAGU